AUGGCUAAGUUUGUUGCUCCUGGUCACUUGAUGAUCAAAGAUGAAAACUUGGAUCUUCAUCCCAAGAAGAUUGUCAAGUCGAAGAAUUCUAAGACAGAUGGAAAGAAAGGCGGUUCACGGAUUUCUAGUCGAAAAGCUCUAAAUGAUAUAACAAACAAAACAUCACUUCCCCAUGAAACCUCAAUUAAGAAAAAGACUGUAUCCAAGGAAGAUAUUAACGUAAAGGAGGAAAUGUUUUUGCACGAUCACAAGAAGUGCAUUGAGGCCCAAAAAGCUGCAACGAGAAAUUUCAAUCUCGAGACAGUUCUUCCACAGGAUGAUUCCAUAUUUAUUGUAGAGCAGAUAAAGGUUCCUGAAUCCCCUCGAUGCUACCCGGAACCAGUAGAAUUACCAAUGUCCGAUUUUUCUGAUUGGUUGGACUAUUCAGUGCAGUGGAGCUCUCCUCCAUCGUCUCCAUCACCGUGGGACUCUCCACCAUCAUCCCCCCUUGCAUGGCAAGAUAAAGCAUUUGAAUUUGUUCUCAAGGAAGAAAUUGAUGCCCAAGUGUAA